AUUCGCUUCUUCAAAAUGGCGAUUCCGAGGUUAACCUCUCUACUCCGAAUCAGAAAAUUAGCUAAAAGCGAUUGGCUUGUAGCUACUAUAGGCUUCGUAUUGACAUUGUUCUUCCUCUCUUUCUUCUUCGAUCCAACUUCAGACUCAGUCCCUUCCGUUGACCGAAUCACAUCCCAACCCGAUCUGGUGAAACUGACUCUGUCUAGUAAAGCUAAAGAGAGAGAAGCUUUUUGUUUAGAUGGAAGCUUGCCUGGGUACCAUUUUCAUAAGGGUUCAGGGUCAGGUUCAAAAAGCUGGCUUGUUCAUCUAGAGGGUGGAGGAUGGUGUAGUUCAAUAGCGUCGUGUUCUGCUCGAGCAAUGACUAUGUUGGGUUCUUCCACCUAUUUUGAAGAUGAAGUUGACUUUCAAGGUGUUUUGAGUAGUGACCCAUCUCAAAAUCCUGAGUUUUUUAACUGGAACAGAGUUAAGAUACGUUACUGUGAUGGUGCUUCUUUUGCUGGACGCCCUGAAGCUGAAUUCAAGAACGGUACACGGCUUUUCUUCCGAGGCCAGCUCAUUUGGGAAGCAAUUAUUGAUGAGCUCUUGUCAAUGGGCAUGUCAGAUGCGAAACAGGGCAUACUUACUGGAUGUUCUGCUGGUGGCUUGGCAACUCUUAUUCAUUGUGACUACUUUCGAGAUCAUCUCCCAAAAGAUGCAGCUGUUAAAUGUGUUUCUGACGGAGGCUUCUUUCUCAAUGUGCCUGAUGUCCUUGGACACCCUACGAUGAGAUCUUUCUACCAUGAUGUUGUUAACCUGCAGGGCGUAAAUAAGAGCUUGGAUCAGAAUUGUGUAGCCAAAACUGAGCCAUCCAAGUGUAUGUUUCCUCAAAAAUUCCUUAACAACAUAAAAACUCCAGUAUUUCUUGUCAACCCAGCUUACGAUUUUUGGCAGAUUCAACAUGUCCUAGUACCAGCUUCUGCUGAUUUAGAUAAAAGUUGGGCAAAGUGCAGACUCAAUAUUAAGGAGUGUGAUGCCGCACAAAUGAAAGUGCUACAUGGCUUUCGCAGCUCUCUGAUGGAUGCUAUUGGGAAGUUUCAUCAGAACAAAGCUGGUGGGAUGUUCAUAGAUUCAUGCUACACUCAUUGCCAGACACUUAUGUCAGCGACAUGGCACUCCCCAACCUCAAUAAGAAUCGAAAAUAAGACAAUUGCAGAGUCUGUAGGUGACUGGUACUUCAACCGGAAACCGGUGAAGCUAAUCGAUUGUCCUUACCCGUGCAAUCCCUCUUGUUACAACCUGAAUUUCACCUGAACUUGCCUUAUAGCUGGCAUUGACCAACCCCUUUGCUUUUGGAUUCCUCCUGUUUCCGGUAGCUUCUUCAUCCGCGAGGAGCAGCUAUUUCAAUCCGGUUGAGUCCUAAGAGGAUCUCAUGUUAGUGAAGCCUUAAGAGCACCCCCAUCAAGGGUUGAUGGGGGGAGUUCACACGCGAACCGAGAAAAAAUAAUAAUAUUAAAAUCAGAUUUCUAUGAACCCCUCCUUCAAAAGUUCACCGCGGUGAACCCCGAUGACCCCGGGUUCACCACGUGUCAACAUAUGAUUGGUCCAAAAUUAAUUUUUUUUUUUUUUUUUUUUAAAAAAAAAAGUAAAACGAAAAUAAAAAAAAAAAUAUUUUUUUAUUGCUGUGAACCCCCA